AUGGCAAAACCAGGCUCAGUCAAAGUAGUAGAGGUUUGCCGUGUAGCACCGAAACCAAGCUCGCAGCCGGACUCUGCCCACCCGGAUGAUCUGUCUCUUCCUCUCACCUUCUUUGACCUCCGCUGGCUAAGGUUUCCACCCCCUCAAAUCCUUUUCUUCUACGAAAUAUCUUCAUUCGACACAUCAUACUUCUUCGAUUCCAUACUUCCGAACCUCAAAACCUCGCUUUCCGCCACCCUCCAGCAUUUUGUACCUCUAGCAGGAAACCUCACCUGGCCUCAAGACUCCUCCAAACCCCUUCUCAGUUACGUUUUAGGCGAUGCAGUUUCUCUCACAAUCGCUGAAUCUGAUGCUGAUUUCCACCGUCUAACUUCAAGCAACAACUUUGACAUUAAAGCCAAAGAGUACCAUCCUCUUGUACCCCAAUUGGCAGUGUCUCAUGAAAAAGCUGCGGUGUUGGCGUUGCAAAUAACCGUCUUUCCCAAUAGCUGUUUUUCAAUUGGAUCAGCGAUGCACCAUGUUGUCCUAGAUGGCUUAUCUGCAUUCUCAUUUUUUAACUUAUGGGGUUACCUAUGCAAACAUGGAGGAGGGGGGGGAGAAGGGUCGCCAUCUUCACCAAGUUAUGACAGAAAGCUCAUCAAGGACCCUGCAGGGCUCCAAGCAAUCUACUUAAACGAGUGGUUAAGAUUGGGCGGUCCAAACAAUAGAAGCUUAAUGCCUUUGGAGGUUAAAGGUUCAGGAGACUCAAUUCGAGGCACCUUUGAAUUCACAAGCGCGAAAAUCCAAAUGCUAAGACAUUCAGUGAUGGCAGCUAUGGCGAAGGAGAAGAAGAAACAAUCUGAUCAUGAUUCGAAACAAUUGCAUUUGUCAACAUUUUCCCUAACAUGCGCCUAUACAUGGGUUUGCUUAGUCAGGGCAGAGGAUACCAAAACAGAUAAAGUACUUUUUGCCAUUAACGUGGACUGCAGGCCACGCUUAGACCCUCCUCUCCCGGUAACCUAUUUUGGGAAUUGUGUUGCAGCACAUCGAGCAGUUGCGGAAACAAAGGACCUAUUGGGAGAAGAUGGCCUGUUUGUGGCCUUGAAAGCAAUCAGUGAAGUGAUCAAAAGUUUGGACAAGACCCUUUUGGAUGGGGCAGAGACUUGGGUUUCAAGAAUGCUCAAUACACGGCAGAGUAGUGGUACUGAUAGAGUAAUUCCCAUUUCUGGUUCACACCGGCUAGACUUUUAUGGUGCAGCUGAUUUCGGAUGGGGAAGACCGAAGAAGUACGAGAUAGUUUCGAUAGAUGGGUCAGGGGCGAUAUCUUUGCAAGAGAGCAAGAAUGGUGAUGGUGGUGUUGAGGUUGGCUUGGUUUUGGAAAAACGUUGUAUGGAGGCCUUUGCUUCUCUAUUUGCUAAUGGUCUUGAAGACAUGCGAAGCCUUGUGUAG